AUGAAGCACGCGGAGAGGCUAGACAGCGAGGUCAUAUAUGACCGGGAUUUCGACUAUGACUACUUUGGCUUUAAGACGCUCGAGCGAUCCUACCUGCUCAAGGUGAAUGGGAAGGUGGUGGAGCGACCACAGCACAUGCUGAUGCGAGUGGCGGUGGGCAUUCACAAGGCGGACAUAGAGGCUGCCGUGCAGACCUACCACCUCAUGUCCCAGCGAUGGUUCACCCAUGCAUCUCCGACUCUCUUCAACAGCGGCACGCCCAGGCCCCAGCUGAGCAGCAGCUGCCUCCUGGUGUGCAUGAAGGAGGACAGCAUCGAGGGCAUAUACGACACGCUCAAGGAGUGCGCAGUGAUCAGCAAGUCGGCGGGCGGCAUUGGCUUGUCCGCACAUUGCAUUCGCGCCAAGGGGAGCUACAUCCGCGGGACUAAUGGCAUGUCGAACGGCAUAGUGCCGAUGCUUAGGGUGUUCAAUGACAUGGCGAGAUACGUGGACCAGGGCGGAGGCAAGCGCAAAGUGAGAUACGUGGACCAGGGCGGAGGCAAGCGCAAAGGUGCCUUUGCCAUCUACAUUGAGCCGUGGCAUUCGGACAUGUUUGACUUUCUUGACCUGAGGGAGAGGGACCUGUUCUACGGGAUCUGGAUCCCUGACCUCUUCAUGCAACGCGUGCAGUCCAACAUGCCGUGGUCGCUCUUCUGUCCCAACGAGCCCCCUGGCCUGGCUGCUUCCCAUCCCAAUUUCUCUUAUCCCCCUUCCUCCCGUCCUCCCCCUCUUCCUCAUGCAACCAAUGCCCGUCCGAUUUCCCCCACAUCCAACAUGCCCUGGUCGCUCUUCUGCCCCAACGAGGCCCCUGGCCUGGCGGACUGCUGGGGGGAGGAGUUUGAGGCGCUGUACCUCAGAUACGAGAGGGAGGGCCGAGCCAAGCGGGUGAUACCAUCACAGAAGCUAUGGUUUGCAAUCUGUGAAGCACAAAUUGAGACAGGCAACCCGUACAUGCUGUUCAAGGACGCGUGCAAUCGCAAGUCGAACCAGCAGAAUCUGGGCACCAUCAAGUGCAGCAACCUGUGCACGGAGAUUGUUGAGUUCACCAGCCCUGAGGAGACUGCUGUCUGUAACCUUGUGUCCAUCGCUCUGCCACGCUUUGUGCGAGAGAAGGGGAUGCCGUCUGAAGCUCAUCCGUCCAAGCUGACUGGAAGCCUCAACCACGACCAACGAUUCUUCGACUUUGAGAAGCUGGGGGAGAUCACGGAGGUGGUAACAUGCAAUCUCAACAGGGUCAUCGACGUCAACUACUAUCCCACCGAGUCAGCCCGUCGCUCCAACAUGCGCCAUCGCCCCAUCGGUCUGGGCGUGCAAGGGCUAGCAGACGCAUUCAUUCUGCUGGGCAUGCCCUUUGACUCACCUCAAGCCCGCCAACUGAACCGGGACAUUUUCGAGACCAUCUACUACCACGCGCUCCGCACAUCGUGCCAGCUCGUUCAUUUGUACUUGUCCGUUGCGCGACAACUGAAUCGGGAUAUCUUCGAGACCAUCUACUACCAUGCGCUGCGCACGUCUUGCCAGCUGGCAAAGGAGGAGGGCACCUACGAGUCGUACGCUGGCUGCCCUGUCAGCAAGGGCAUCUUGCAACCAGACAUGUGGGGCGUCACUCCCUCGGACCGCUGGGACUGGGCGGCACUGAGGGAAGACAUAGCGACUCACGGGCUGAGGAACUCCCUGCUAGUAGCGCCCAUGCCCACGGCUUCGACCAGCCAGAUCCUGGGGAACAACGAGUGCUUCGAGCCGUACACGUCGAAUAUCUACUCGAGACGAGUGCUUAGUGGCGAGUUCGUGGUGGUGAACAAGCAUCUGCUCAGCGACCUCACUCACCUUGGCCUCUGGUUGCCAGACCUGAAGAAUGAGAUCAUGUACCGCAACGGGUCGGUGGAGGGGAUUGACGAGAUUCCUCAACACCUAAGAGACAUCUACAAGACUGUAUGGGAGUUGAAGCAGAGAGCGAUCGUGGACAUGGCAGCAGACAGAGGGGCGUUCAUCGAUCAGAGCCAGUCACUCAACAUCCACAUGGACGCUCCUACCUUCGGCAAGCUCACAUCGCUACACUUCUACACGUGGGGCAAGGGCUUGAAGACGGGCAUGUAUUAUCUGAGAACAAGAGGAGCAGCAGAUGCCAUCAAGUUCACAGUCGAUGCAGAAGCUGCCAAAAGG